CUCCGUCGGAAUCAUGGGUAUCUCUCGCGAUUCGCGCCACAAGCGCCGCGAAACUGGUGGCAAGCGCAAGCAGUACCGCAAGAAAAGGAAAUUCGAGCUCGGCCGUCAGCCCGCUAACACCAAGCUCGGCGGCAAGCGCGUGCACACCGUGCGCGUCCGCGGUGGCCACCUGAAGUUCCGCGCUCUGCACCUCGAGACGGGCAACUUCUCGUGGGGCACGGAGGUCUGCGCCCGCAAGACCCGUAUCCUCGAUGUCGUGUACAACGCCUCGAACAACGAGCUUGUGCGUACCAAGACGCUCGUGAAGGGCGCCGUGGUGCUGGUGGACGCCACCCCGUUCCGCCAGUGGUACGAGGCCCACUACGGUGUCAAGAUCGGCGUCAAGAAGAACGCUGAGAAGACCGAGGAGGAGGAGGUCAAGAAGUCGGACCACGUGCUCCGCAAGCUUGCCGCCCGCCAGCGCACCCGCGAGCUCGACGCCAAGCUCGACGAGCAGGUCGCCUCGGGCCGCCUUCUCGCCGUCAUCUCGUCGCGCCCCGGCCAGUCCGGUCGCGCCGACGGCUACAUCCUGGAGGGCAAGGAGCUUGAGUUCUACCAGCGCAAGCUCGCCACCAAGAAGUCGAAGAAGUAAGCUACUUCCUAGUCUUUGCCGUGGUCGCUUUCCACACCGCCACUAAUGAACAACGGAGUUGAUUUCAGCUAAACAUAAAC